AUGCCUUCUUACAGGGACGACCCUCCGGACCAGGAAUAUCUGGAUUCGAUCAAGAGACACACCGACAAAGAAACCAACAAGGUAAAAUCCAUCGAGGGCGCCUGUGAGACUUUGGUCAAUCUCGCACUCGUGGGUAAAGACUUCGGCUAUGCUAGUGGAAAGUCGUUCCAGAAGAAAUAUGCCAAGCUCAAGAAAGCACACAAUCUGACGAACGGUCACAUCUAUGGGGACUACAGGGCGCCUGCUCCCAGCGUGGCUACCACCAGUGUGGAUACCGCCAGUAUGGCUACCACCAGUGUGGCUGCCCCCGAGACGGAUACCUCUGAGACGGCUACUACCGAGGAAUCUGACUAUACCUCUGACGUCGAGAGGUUCAUCAGAAACUUCGUGGAACCUUGGUCCAAGGGCAUGAUGGAACGUGCUGCAGAGGAACGUGCCGCAGAGGAACGUGCCGCAGAGGAACGCGCUGACAAGGAACAUGAUGACAAGAAACAUGAUGCUACAAAGAAGGGUAAAAGCCCGACGAAGGAGGAGAAGCACUAA